AUGCUGCUGUACCGCACCGCAACGCUGCUCUGGGUUCUCAAUGCCCUGGCGCCGGGUGUUUCCGCGUCGCCCCAGAAGCCAUGUCCAAUCGACAAGCGAUCGGCCCAAGAAGUUGUGCAGAAGCUCGGCCUCAUUCCGAAUGAAGAGAAGGGCUACUAUACCCAGACAUUCCAGGAUCCCGAUACGGACAGCGGCAACCGCUCAGUCAGCACAGCGAUUUACUACCUUCUGGAGGGAGAAGUUGCCCCCGGCUUUGUCCCCAACGGAGUUGAACUCGCAGACCCUGAUUGGAUGCCAAAUGGAGCCUGA